GCAUAUCUCAAUAUCUAUUCUGAAUCCUUCAAUACACCAUCUUCCUGCAGUGUUCGACAUAUCAUCAAUCUUUCAAAAUGUCUCCCUCAUUGCCCGCCUUCCUUACCAACUCUCCUCUCGACCCUUCAUUCGACAAGGACAUCCGCGAUACUCACCUGGUUUAUGACUACGAUGCCUCGAACCCCAAGACCGGCGAGCGCGAAAAGUGGCGUCACGAAUUGUGGUUCUUCAACGAAAACCGUAUACACUAUGCUAUCCACGGUGGUCCGAUGGCAGGCAGAAUCAAUUACCAGACCUGCAGCUACCAAUGCAUCCGCCCAGGCGAGCUCUGGCAAUGCAACUGGGUUGAAGAGACGGGCACCAUUUGCUCUCUCGUCUACGACAUCAAGCUCAAGAAGAUUUCGGCCCUUGUCGGAUUCUCUCAGGGCCACUGGGAGAACGCGGAGGCCGCUCACGGCGACAAGCGUAACCCUGAGGACUUUGCUAGAUGGAGGAAGCUGGCAGACAUUGGUAACCAGCGAGCUCGCUUCAUGGUUUCCGCGCAAGCUCACCUUGUCGAGAUCUUCAAGGGCAAGGGCGAUCUUAUCCCCAUUGAGGCCGACGCCCAGACGAUUUAGAGGUAGGCGUUAUUCGUUUUCCAUUAGACCAAUACAACGACUGAUCAUGCUAUAGCUUGCGGAGUGUUCUCCGCAUCGUAUCACCAGUGUUUGAUAUUUGCAGCAUUUUACAGCCUCAUAGACAUAGACAUAGACGGGUAAUUAAAAUGGAUUUAUCUUAGAGCUUUGGCGGAGUGUAUUAUGUACUUUCCAAUGCAGCCACCGCUUCUUCCCACGUGUCAGCGAUGUUGUGCUUGUAGAUCCAGACCAUUGCUGCAACCCCAUCUUUGAUGAUUUUGAUUUUGCCUUGUCAUCGUAAGUAGGAUCGCUCAUGCGUUUCAAUGUGUCUGCCCGCUUCGAGCCCUCGCUGGCGAGAUGGGCAUACAUCCGUGAGUAAUAAGGUAGCCUUAUUGCGUCGAACAAGGGUAGAGCCCUGGUCAGGUCACUGUUGAAUUAUUGCAGAGCUCGAGCAAGGACCCAUCCGUCCUCCAUCGCGAAACCAGCCCCCGAGCCAAAGGCGCCUGAUAGAGUAUCAGAGGCAUCGCCUACAGGAACUAUCUGAUUAUCCCAUGCUGUCAGCUGUGACAACUCUGGCAAAAGCAGCGAAUUCUCGCCAGUCACCAUUUGUGACUGGCGAGAAUCAAUUGGUUCCUAUCAUCAAGCUCAUCUACGAGCUUGAUUUUCGGAACCCUGGCUCCGAAAAUGACAGUGAGCGAUCCAGGCUUGACUAUUCGUGCGGCUGUGAGACAUCGGCAAAUUUGCGCAUCUGGUAGUUUGUGGCAAUACGAGGGUAGCCUCUCUGUAUGAAGUCUUGACAAACUGCGACAAUAUCCAUAUCUGCGGUCGGGAGAUACAAGCCUGAAGCAGACGAACCGAAUGACUUGAUUUGAACCUGGGGGAACUUUCACUGUAUGGCACGUUGCAUGCGCUGAAUCAGGUUCAAGCGGACCUGCUCCUCGAAGUCUCGCGGUCUGAAAUAGUCGUAGAAGUCGAGGAUUUCCUCUUGAAGACUCGGCCAGCCUGUUGCUUCCUAGUUAAACCAUGGGGUGGGGUCCGAGUUUCCAUCAUUCAUUCAUUCAUUCAUUCAAUUCAUGUAUUUGUCCAUCUUGG